AUGAAGAGCACAUUUGACCCUCAAAAUGAUUUGACCGAACUAAGAGGCAAGGUUAUAAUUGUUACGGGUGGAAAUCGAGGUACAGGUCUUGCAACGGUCAAACAUCUCGCACGAGCCGGUGCUACGGUGUACAUGGCCGCUAGAAAUGAGGGGAAAGCCCUACAGGCCAUCGAAAAGCUUAAUCAUGAAGACCUUCAACCUGGGAAUGGAAAGGUCAAAUGGCUGAAGCUUGACUUGAGUGACCCAAGAGAAGCGAAAAGAGCCGCGGAAACAUUUAUGGAGAAGGAAAAGCGACUGGACGUACUGGGUAAUUAUUUAAGCCCCUUCGUCUUCACUCGCACUCUGAUCCCAUUGUUAACUUCGACAGCAACCGAAGUCAACUCUGAUGUUCGAAUAGUUAACCUCGCAUCGAUAGCCCAUAGAUUUACCCCGUCUGGCGUGAAAUUCUCUGAAAUUGAAGACCUCAAUGUUCAAUAUCGCGGCAAGAUUAUGCCAGGAUUUAUGCGUUACGCACACUCGAAACUCUUGGACAUCCUUUGGACACGCUCUCUGCAGAAACAUUUCAACGCCGCCUCUCCUCCAAUUCCUAUCGUAGCAAUGUCCAUCCAUCCUGGUGGGGUAGACACCUUUUCUCAUAACUGGCCUUUACCCUGGUUCUGGAAACCUAUUGUCGCGCUCGCUAUAAACGACACAGAACAUGGUUCGUAUACCUCGGUUUUUGCUGCGGCUGCCAAGGUCGUGCGAGACGAGAGGGAGAAAUACUGUGGGGCUUAUCUAGAUAACAAACCAGUCGGGAGAAUCGCAGUCCCCAGCGCGACGGCAAGAGACGAUAAGUUGGCUGAUGAUUUAUGGAGUUCGACAAUGAGUUUAUUGAAAGACCUUGGCAUCUGA